AUGAAUAAUUGUGCUCAAAAGUUACAAGACCUAGAUAUUAUGUAUGCAAUUGCGAUGCUAGACGACCUCCAGUCGGCUCUAUCUGACCAUUCAAGUAGUCUCUUUGACUUUGGUUUUGACAUUAAUGUUCUAGCCAGUCCCCCAACGGCUCCAACGUGUCACAAAAAUGCACCCAUUACUGCCUGCUUUGCAAUUGCUUUUGGUGAUGACAAGGUUGACAAAGUUAGAUUUCGAGAUGAUAAUUGUAGAUGGGGUCCAAGGCGUUGUGGUGGUCGAUUUAGUGGUCGUGGGCCAUCGUUUGGUGGUGGACAUGGAGGAGGUGGUGGUGGUGGGAUUGGAGGUUGUUCAGGUCAUGGUGGGGGAUUUGGAGUAGGAGGUGGAGUAGGAGUUGGUGCUGAAGGCGGUUUUAGUGGUGGUGGAGGUGGAGGUGUUGGGGGUGGUUCAAGGCAUGGUGGAGGUUUUGGAGCUAGAGGUGGACUAGGUGGUGGAGCAGCAGGAGCUGUUGGAGUUGGAGGAGGGGCAGGAGGAGGAUGA